AUGGACAAAGACUGCGACAUGGUAUAUAAGAACAUCUCUGACAUAUAUAAAUCUGAAGAAUUUAAGACCUACGACAACUUUGUUUCGUUAGUUGCAAAAUGUGUAUGGCAGAUAAGAGAUAAAGAUAGAAGAGGUAAAGUAUGGAACGAACAGAUAAAACCAGCAACUUUUGAGUUAAAGAAAACCAUUGACGCCUUGGUUGUUCUAGCUGGUUUUAUUUCAAUGUACAAUGCUAAAAUGAACCCGCAAUGUUCAAAAUGUAAAGCAGCAAUGAGGAAAUAUAACUACUCCGUCAAAGAGAUAGAACGUAUGCGAAACGACUAUGCAGAUUUAAAGAAAGAAGCAGAAAAACCAGCAGAAGAUAAAAUGAACAUGUUAGAAUUUCUGAACAAAAACUAUCCAACUGCUGACGAUUUCCUUCUAUCUGACGUCAAGAAGAAGUAUAAAGAAACUUUCGACAUUGUGAAAACAUUCGAUGUACUGACAGAAGAAAUAGAAGCUACAAAACUGUUUAAAGUCAUGAACCAUCGCAACAUAUACCAUGUAAAACGCUUGUAA